CAGAGUCUGUGGACAGAUAGUUACUGUAGUAAGACUAACGUUAGUAAGAGAUUACUAGAAAUUUCGCCAUUUUUUUCCACUUUUAGGUUCGGGACCACGUUUGAGAACAAUCUGGAGACGAAACAUCGUGACAACAGGUAUAUCCUGAACUGAAGAGGUCAAUCUGCACCAUCAUGGGUCUGACAGACCACGAAUUGACCAUUGAUGACGUUCGGCGAGCCGAGCAGCGCAUCAAGAGCUAUAUCUCUAGGACCCCAGUGAUGACGUCGCGUCGCAUGGAUGCUAAGGCCGGUUGCAAGCUGUUCUUCAAGUGUGAGCUGUUUCAGCGAACCGGAUCGUUUAAAUUCCGCGGAGCGUUGAACUUCUUAUCAAAACUCGCUGAGAAGUCAAAGGACGGGUCCCUUCCCUGCGUCACUACCCACAGCAGUGGCAACUUUGCCCAGGCAUUGGCUCUUGCUUCAAGUCUGCUGAAUUUCAAGGCCUACGUGGUCAUGCCUAGCAUUGCCCCACUGUGUAAACAGGAUGCCGUGAAAGAGUACGGAGCAGAACUUAUACUGUGUACACCGACUGAACAGGGUCGUAUAGCAGCCAAAGAUGAGGUUGUCAAGUCGACAGGGGCUAUAUACGCACCUUCCUCACAACACCAUGACAUCAUGGCAGGGCAAGGAACCAUGUUCUUGGAGAUGUUUGAACAAGUUGAUAAGAAGCUGGAUGCGGUGAUUGUUCCAGUAGCAGGAGGAGGAAUGAUUUCAGGGAUUCUCAUAGCAGCGAAGACAUUGCAGCCGGAGAUCAAAGUGAUCGCAGCUGAGCCGGAGUUGGCAGAUGACCUUUACCAGUCCAUGAAGGCCAAGAGACACAUCCGACUUGAUCACUAUCCAGACACGAUCGCUGACGGCUUGAGAGUUUCGGUGGGCGAUGUAGCCUGGCCAAUCGUGCGAGACCUGGUUGAUGACGUCAUCACUGUGACGGAGGAUGAAAUUAAGGAAAGUACUAAGCUGGUGUGGCAGUGUAUGAAGCUGUGUAUUGAGCCCUCAGCGGGGGUGGGCGUGGCUGCCGUGAUGUCAGACAAAUUCAAAGCCGCGUUCCCAGACAUUAAGAAUGUGGGGAUCAUCUUGUGUGGAGGUAACAUCGACCUAGACUCCAUGAAAAGUUGGCUGUAGAGGCAAAUAUUGAUUCUUGAUCAAAGCUUACGGCUCCUGAGGUGAAUGUUUUGGUUGCUGACGACUGAUGACUUUAUCAUUUAUUCAAACCGACACGUUACAAACAAUAUGUACAUGCUACAUCAGAUGUGUAUUGAGUGUUAAGGUUUGAAUACCUGGAUGGUGCCUACAACUUGAGGGUAGGACAACUGUUAAUGUUAUCUAAUUGGCUGCACUAGAUUAGUCUUCAUGAAUUUGCAUAAAUUGAAGUCCGGUUAAUGAUUGGACAUUAAAUACUCUUACUUUCACACCCAUUUGAUAGAAUUUUAUUUGCACUCUGUCUUAAGCAACUCAGUAAUCUCUCCUGCAUUAUACAGGACUAGCUCAGAAGUUCUUGCUGCAGUUCCACAAGAAUAUUUUUAUCCUUUAUCAUAUUGCAUAAAUUUCCUAAGAACCCAAAGAAGAAUCUUUCACAAAAAUCUUUGUUUAAUUUAAAAUAUUUUAUCAUGCAAUGUUUGUAGUCUGUGGGCUGAUUAACUCAUACUGAAUUUUUAAUUUGGUCCAAUUUUGGCAAAAAUUUGAAGGAAAUUUGUUUAUCAGGAAAACUACCUAUUUUAGAUAUCUAUGCAGUAUAGUAUAAGAUUAUUUUUAUAGUUAAAACCGAAAGAUUUUAGUUGUGGCUACAGUAUGUCUUCUCACCAUUUAGAGAGAUGUACACUUGUAGGCCAUUUUUACAGGGGAUACGUAGAGAUGCUGUGGGUUUGUAUGCAUUCAAAUGAAAACUUAUAGCCUGCAUUUAAUAUUCAUCAAGUGAGCGGGGUUGAGUGCACCACACAACUUAAGCAGGUAAACAGGAGCGAUCACGCUUUGCCAUGUACAUGUACUGUUACUGCACAGAACAGCAGCAGAUGUUUUGCAUCCAAAUUAGUUUUAGAGCAAACUCCCAGGAGAGUGUUUGGUGCUAUGUUCAGUGGCAAGGCGCUACCAUCAACAUAUACUGCAGCUGUUAAAAUCCAUACAGUGUCCCAGCAGCAGAUGUAUUGCAUCUAGAUUAUUUUUAGAGAAAACUCCCAGGAGAGUGUUUGGUGCUAUGUUCAGUGGCAAGGCGCUACCAUCAACAUAUACUGCAGCUGUUAAAAUCCAUACAGUGUCCAAGCAGCAGAUGGAUUGCAUCUAGAUUAUUUUUAGAGAAAACUCCCAGGAGAGUGUUUGGUGCUAUGUUCAGUUGCAAGGCUCUACAAUCAACAUAUACUGCAGCUGUUAAAACGCAUACAGUGUCCUUUACUCCUUGCCGAUGGUACUCGCUCGUCAGCUAUGCUUACGUAUUUAUUUUACAUAAGUGAUUGUGUCAACGAAUCACAUUCUUGAAAAGGUACUUAAUUGACCAAUUGUUAAAAAACAGAACUCACAAAGGAAGGACAGCGGAGACAAAGGUUAACUUAAUCAAAAUUAAACUGAUCUUUCGAAAAACCAACAAAAGUAUUCUAUUUACAAAGGACAAAUUAUACAAUCAUAAAUGCAUGGAAUAAUAAAAGGGAUACCGGUGUCUAACUGAAAUGUGUGGAGGGGCGUCGCGUUGCGAUGGGAGCCUGGUACAGUCACCGUGGUCGGUAUUGGGUCCCAAGCGGGAAAUGGUGGUCAUCCAGGCUGACCGUCAUGGUCUUGAUGGACGGUGAUGAGCGGCUGGUCUCUGUCUUGAGCGGGCUUCACAGGAAUGAAAGCCGGAGCUCAGGCUUGAAGCGACUUGAUCUUAGCUUGUCUUGACCGUAUCACGGCCCCUUGGGCGUGGGCCAUGCGAGCCGCUGACGAUCGGUAGAAAGCUGGAGAGCGGCAGCAGAUGAUACGCCCCUCGUGGAAAGUAAAGCUCCGCUGCGACGUCGACACACCCAGGUUUAUAAGAGAACGUGUCACAAUGCUAAAGCAAUAGGAAUGUUAUGCACGCAAGGACUGGAAAAUAUGCCAUUCAUCUAUGGCGGAUGUAACACUAAUUCGAAUUACUAAUAUUGAAUUUAAUAGAAGAAAAGUCAAAUGUGUCAAAAAUAAAUUCUUGUGUAUAAUAA